AUUUCACAAUAACGGGUCUGAGGGAUCAUAGAGGAAGCUGCCAACUGUUCUUCACUAUCAUGUGUGGGGUGGAGGGCUGUCUGUUGUCGGACUGACAUGAGUUUGGAUGAAGGUGGUCCACAGACACGACUUUCUCCAGCUGUUGCCGUUUGCGUGAAUCCUGGGUGAUGGUGUGACGACUCGGCGAAGGGAGACGGCUUCACAACAAUGCGGAUCUUUCUCCCUUUUCUGUUCGCGCUGUGCUCCACGCUGGUCCGCGGCAUUUUCGACGGCAGCUGUCCCAGGAGAGACCCCCCACCAGGUGUGUUGGUUUUAUCCGUGGGAAGUAACCUGGUUCUCACCUGCAAAGGUCAUGUAACGGUGGAUGGAGUAAAGGUCGACAUUGCCAGAAACAGCCCAAACGCCAACAGGAGAGCGAGUUCUUCAGUCGCACCCACAACCCACGGAAACAUUAUAUACAGCAAACAGGAGAGUUCCCUAAAGGAAGCACAACACAUCAGCCCUGAGGCAGAAGUCAGUACUGUGACGACAGAGACCAGAGGCCCCAGAGACAGAGAUACAGCAAACCCAGCUUCUCCCACUACUCACGUGACCCAACCGACCAGUGUGGGCGGACUGCUGAGGGGUCGAUCCGGCUGGGACAGUGAAGAGCCAGACGGAGAGGGAGAUUACUGGGAAGACGAGGAGGAGGAAGGGGAGAACGGGAGCAGGGUAACAAGAGGCAUAAAAUCACGGCCUCAGUGGAAGUUGAAUGGGAAGACAGUGGGAACGGGGAGACAAGAGUGGAGAGAAAUCACAUUUGAGAAGAGAGGAGCGACUCUGUCUCUGUUCUCGGUGAGAGAGACGGCCUCUGGGAGGUACAGCUGUCAUCACAGAGGCAGAGAGAGGUUCUCCUUUAGGGUAGUUGUUGAAGAUCCUCCUGAGAGUCCCAGGCUGUCCUGCUACAAGAAGUCACCAAGCAGUAAGAUCCGCUGUGAGUGGACGCCACAGAGGCCUGUGAGCAGACACAUGAACUGUUCCCUCAUGCUGAAUAAAAGACCAACAGGCGCAUUCCGUCAUUACCAGUGCUCGUACUCAUCUCGUCUGUCCCGCUACUGGUGCGCUCUGGACUUCAAUGAGGACGAGCUGAGGACGUAUCACAUGGCCUACCUGUGCGUUACAAGCGUCGCGGGCAAUGCCACCAGCGCCCUGCUGCCCUUCACACCUCUGGACAUUUUGAAGCCGGACCCCCCAUCAGACAUCACAGUCACGCAGGUGGAGGGACAUGAGACAUGGAUAAAGGUCAACUGGAAUUUUUCUACAUCCUGGAAGACUCAAGACAGAUAUUAUACACUAAUCUAUGAGGUCAAAUAUCGACCGCUGGAGUCCUCGAAUCAUCAUGAGCAGAUAAAAAUGAUUAAGAACCAGCGCUGGCACACCAUCACUGAUGUGAUGCCUGGUGUUGAAUACCUGAUUUGGGUCAGGACUAAGGAAGAAUAUGAAGGUCACUGGAGCGACUGGAGUUCCCCUGUCAACGUCAGCAGCUGGACAGCUUAUAAACUCAGUGAUGAUCUGAUGGCCACGAUGUUCCCAGAAUCCAUAGAGGAAGGAUCUGCUGCAGAGGACGUCACACCCAAUGAUCCCGGACCAGUGGUUAGUGGAAUGGAGGUGUCGCAUCACGCCCUGUGGAUCUGUGGCUCAUUUCUUCUCAUGUCAAUCAUUCUUGCUGCCUACAUGUUCAGACACAAGGACAGACUCACGUCUAAACUCCACUGUUUGAGGGUCCCCGUCACACAGUCAAGUGACUCGUCUCAACCUCCACCCACCACAACAGCCGCCCCAGAGGGACAGGCCCUGGUGACCUUUAUCCCUCCGUGUUACGAUCAGCCCUCAUCUGGUGAAGCAGACGAAGGGGAAGGAGAAAAUGAGGAAGAGCUAAGGCUGGAGGAAAGACCAGAGGCCGUUCACUUCACCAACACAAGUUAUUUCUUGACCCAGAGGAUAUGAUGCCACUCAAAACAAUCUAGAACAUUUUGUCAUGCUAGAUUGGUGUUUUUCACCUCAGAACUAGUGUCACAGAUGACAAAAGGACGGUAAACUUACACUUGUUGUGGUUCUCAGCUUGUAAAGUCCGCGGCUCUAUCUCUCAAACUAUCUCGUGCCUAAAAUACCUCGGAAUAUAUGUUUUUUUGUAUUUGUCAUAUAAGAGCAGUAUUUAAACUACUGUUCCUGUUGUCUCCUAAAAUGUGUCGGAUGCAGGUCUAAUUGCUGUAAAGCCUUGCAUCUAUGCCUGUAUAUAUAUUUUUUAAAGGUUUGUCAUUUGUCUCGCUGACACCCUGCCCUCUCAGUUUCCACAUAUUCUUUACAAACCUGUUGCUUUCCUGCCUUUUAGACUGAGAUUUGAUGGUUUUCAGCCACAAUAUAAACAGUUUCCCAGUCAACCAGCUUCCAGAAGUGGGCUACACCAGUGAUACAAAAAUAUGUAGCCAUAUAUGAAAUGGGAUUUGUGUAUUACAUAAACCACAAUGGUUUACUUUUUCUUUAAACCACAGUGGUUUACUUUUAUUUUCUUAUCAAAAAAUUUGAUUGAGUAGUCCAAAAGCCCACUAUGAUGAGAGAACUCAGCUAAUCCAGUUUCAUUUUCACCUUUGACUGUCGCGUUAUCAAAUUGUUAUUGCUCUUAAAAGCCAUAAAACCAACGUACCCCUGUGGUGUUCUGAGCUUACGCCAAUCAUGCCUCUACUGUGUCGGUGUACAGUUAAUUUAUUAAGUUGUAAACAUUUUAUUAACUUGUGCACACAAGAUACAAAUUAAAGUUGUUCCACUGCUAUAAUUUUAUAUUAUGAAGCAUAGUAGCUUAUCUUUAAUCACAGAAACACCACAACUGCCAGUCCAUGUUGCAGCAGCAGCAGCAGCAGUAUACGUAGUAGUACAUGUAUUGGUGAUUUCCUUUUUAUCAGUCUUACUUCCUGCAGCAGUAAGUCUGUUGAAGCAGCUGUGCUCCCAGUAGAACUACAGGCUAUAUUAUGAACCAAUCAUGGACUAAACUUUAACUUUGGUUUAACUUUGAACCAUUCUGUCUUUCCAUUCAUAGUUGUCUAUAUUUUGUAUAUUUGCUUACACUUACGUAUUAUUACCCUUACAUUUAAAUAGUGCAUGUUACUUAAUUACUUACUGAUGCCUAUUUUUGACUCUUGCCGCUGUAAUACUGUAAAUUUCCCAAAUUGUGGAACCAAUAAAGGAUUAUCUCGUCUUCUCUUA